GAGUAGCGUUCGCAUCGGUCACGUCACGUUAAAGCGAACACCCGAUUGAACACCUCCACGUUCUUUGACCGAUGGCGACCUAAAAAUUUGUCUACGAGGUCAAAAAUUUUGGUGUGAAAUAGCAAGGCAUUCGUCGGUGCGCUCGACUUGUCGGAAGCAGCGCUACGCAAGACCCACCCACCGGAAAACCACGGACUUGACGCAGUGUUGAGGAGGUGCCAUCGAGCGCAAAGUUUGCUGCUUGUCGACCGGGGUUUUCAGGGAUCGGAGCUUAAUAUCAGAGAGAUCCGUGGGGAGAAAUUCAGGAUUGGCACCUCAUUUGUGAAUUGGGGAGUUCUGCAAGGAGUAUUGGUUUGAAGAAACUGAACUGCGACGAAAUAGACGAUUGGGGAGUUCGGGGAGUUCGCAUUCAGCAAAGACAUCGACUUGAGCUUGUUUGUUAUGAUAGAGAAUGACACCUAAGAGUUUAUUGUUGCGAGUUGAUGAGGCGAUUAAGGCUAUUGGAUUAGGAUAUGACAUAACGUCAGAUAUUCGUUUGAAGCACUGCAAGGACUCAUCAAAUUUAAGUUUGAUUGAGCUUGACGAUACUGAGAUUCACGAUGUCGUUCUUCCUGGUGGCUUGACUAUUUCAGGUGUUCCUAAAUCCAUAAAAUGUGACAAAGGAGAGAGGAUACGAUUCAAGUCAGACGUUCUGUCAUUUCAACAGAUGUCUGAGCAAUUCAACCAGGAACUAUCAUUAUCUGGUAAAAUACCAUCUGGUCUCUUCAACAAUAUGUUUGACUUUACUGGUUGUUGGCAGAAAGAUGCAGCAAAUACAAAAACAUUGGCAUUUGAUGGAUGGUUUAUUACCCUAUAUGCUUUUGCAUUAUCAAAAUCUCAGAUUGUACUUCUUGAUCAUGUUAAGCAUGAAGUUCCAUCAACAUGGGACCCUGCUGCUUUGGCAAGGUUUAUUGAAAGAUUUGGCACUCAUAUUGUAAUUGGUGUUAAGAUGGGAGGAAAGGAUGUAAUCUAUAUUCGACAACAACAUUCAUCCAACCUUCAACAUUUUGAAGUUCAAAAGAUGUUGAAAGAUUUGGCAGAUAUGAGAUUUCAAGAGACUUCAAGAGAAUAUGACAUGUCUUCUAAAGAAACCUAUGGGAAAGUUAAGUUUGAAAUGAGAGAGCAACCACUUAGAUUUUUAAAUAUCGGUCCAUCAAGCGCUAACUACACAAAAGAGGACAUUGUGAUAAUGCCAAAAAGAAGAGGUGGAAAAGAUGCUUGGGAUUUAUCUCAUAUUGAGUGGUUGAACACUGUUCAUUCUGAACCUGAUGUUAUUUCAAUGUCCUUUCUGCCAAUUACUUCCCUUUUGAAUGGGGUUCCUGGAAGUGGUUUCCUAAACCAUGCCAUCAAUCUGUACCUUCGAUAUAAGCCACCAAUAGAAGAACUUCAUCAGUUUUUGGAGUUCCAGUUACCAAGACAGUGGGCUCCAGUUUACUGCGAUCUUCCACUUGGUCCACAGCGAAGGAAGCAGAGCAGUGCAUCUCUUCAGUUCGCCUUCAUGGGCCCAAAGCUUUAUGUCAAUACCAGCGUGGUCGAUGUGAGGAAGAAACCUGUGACUGGACUUAGGCUAUAUUUGGAAGGAAAAAGGAGCAACAGAUUAGCAAUCCAUCUGCAACAUCUUUGCUCCCUUCCACAAAUCUUUCAGCUUUGUGACACUUGCCACUUUGCUGUUGAUUCACAUGACCGGAAGUAUUACGAGCCAGUUUAUUGGCAGCACUUUUCUCACGUCUGUACAGCCCCUGUUGAACCGGAGGAUGAUCUCUCAAUUGUCACUGGGGCUCAGUUGCAUGUAGAGUAUCAUGGUCUCAAGAAAGUCCUUUUCCUUCGCCUCCAAUUCUCAUCAGUUUCUAAUGCCGCAUUGGUCAAGAAUCAUGAGUGGGAGGGGUCUUCAAACUUGGCCCAAAAGUCUGGUCUCAUUUCAACACUAAUUAGCACUCAUUUCUCCAUGGUUUCCCAGAAACCUCCUCCAAGGCCAGCCGACGUGAACAUCAACUCAGCGGUAUAUCCAGGUGGCCCGCCAGUUCCAGUUAAGACUCCAAAGUUGCUCAAGUUUGUCGAUACAACUGAGAUGUCACGUGGCCCACAGGACAGUCCAGGGUAUUGGGUGGUCUCAGGUGCCAAGCUGCAUUUAGAGAGGGGCAAGAUCUCACUGAGGGUCAAGUAUUCACUCCUGACAGCAAUGCUUCCGGACGAAGAGUUUUAGUAACACAAAGUCAAUGGGAAGUUGAUAUAAUUAAGAAUUUGGUCAUUAAAUUUAUGGCUUCCUGUGUUUUCAGCUCAAUGAAUUGUUCUUUUAGUUAGAGCAUCAUAUUUGUAAUUGCUUUAAAUUAUCACUUCACUCGGUGGCGAUGAAAAUGUCAUCCCUCUGUUUCGUAUGUUUCUCGUCUAGAUUUUGUUGAUGGUGCAAUUGGGAAUUGUCACGAAAAGGAGUAUACAUUAACACUGUAACAAAUUCUACAUUAGAUUUGGUGUAUAUAAAAGGCUAACACGACUGAUGAUCUUGGACUGAGGAUCAA